AUGAAGAUCCGCGAUCGCCUUAGAGCGUUUAGGGAGAAACUCCGUUUCCAACCAAAGGCGAUUGUGGAGAGGGAGGACCCACUAAGCCCCAUAAAGAUCACGAAGAACAUGAGACGCCUGGAACGAGACUUCAGACCUGUGGCACAAUUUUUUAACAACCUGUCUGCUUUAUCCAGCUGGCACUCUGUGUACAUGACAGCCUGUUUUUUCUGUCUGUACAUGUGCACAGUGUGGUUUAGCUGGACCAUUUCCUCCAUCGUGCUCCUCGUGAUUCUCCAACUUUCCAUAAAUUAUUUAAUUUCCAAAGGCUGGAGGAUCCCGAGGAGCAUCAUACCCGACAUGUGUGAGCCAGGGGAACAUCUGAAAGGCACAGGUGUCUUACAUAUGGUCCACUUGGCUUUCGAUUCUGCUCACAAAACCCAGGAGCUUUUUGGAAACAUGGCCGACACGCUUGAGAAGAUCAAAAAUCUGUGCAUUUGGGUCCGGCCAGAGCCCACAGUAAAGAUCUACGUGGGACUCUGGCUGGUUUUGCUCUUCUCAUGCGUGUUGCCAUACCAGCUGCUGGGUUUAAUCCUAGGUGUUUCUGUAGGGAUCAAGUUUUUCAUCAUUGACUUGAUCUUCGAAAGGUUCCCGAAGCUGCGGCAGCGGUUUAACACCCCCUACAACUUCUGGGCUAGUUUACCCACCGACCUGCAGCUGAGGGAGCCCAGAAACACCUGGUGGAGCAGAUGGAUUGCCACGGCAAGGGCCCGAUGGAGCACGGCCCGAAGGAGCAUUUCUAAUGCUCUUCUCGGUGCCAGAGAGAGGCGUUUUCUCCCUCAACGCUCUCGAUUCAUUGGGACCUUGCAAAAGUGGCGAUGUCGGGUUAGGAGGAGGUAGCAGACCAAAGUGUGUCCCAGGUCUGUCUGGACGACGGCAGCAACUAGUUUUGGAAAGGCGUUUCAACGGCAAGGAACAACCGGCAGAUGUCUGUGGGAAAAGGUAAGAAAUGAAGUCACACCUGACGUUACAGUUUCUCCAGCCCCUCCUCUUCAACAUGAUCAAGGAUCUUUUGGAGAGGAGCUAAAAAUAACAAAUUCGGAAGAUAAAAAAAUCCCAGAACAAAUCAUUAUUGACCA